AUGAGACUUAUAGCAUUUGCGAUUCUUGUCGCGUCGACCAACGGGUUUUUGUUCCCGAGUGGUGGCGGCGGCGGCGGCUGCGGAUGUGGAUGCGGUGGAGGCGGUGGCGGCGGUGGCGGCUGCCUUCCAACUCUCGGAUGCUCGGUGGUGUCGUUCAAUGUGCCAACACUCAAAUUGCCACCACCGCCAACACCACCAUGUCCAUGCCCAUGCGGUGGACGCAAGAAGAGAGAGGCCGGUCAAGACCCCAAAUGUACCGAUCCGGAGCUUCGAAAGAUCAUUCUAAACGGUAUUCGUUCGAACACCAAGGAUUCUCGCGAUAACAUUGUGUUAAGUCUUAAUGAGAAAUACCAGGGAGUCAGAUACCUCGUGACAUGCCUCGAAGGCGAGAAUCAAUUCUCCUCAUCGGCUUCCGAUUUUUGCGCUGACGGAACUGACCAACAGACAUGCAUCGUUUCGAAAGCCGUCGACGCUUAA